GUAAAUAAGCAACUAAAUCCAAGUGAAGCCACGAAUGUCUGAAGGACCUGGAACACCGAGGCAAAAGGUGGAAGAUGACAUGUCGAGUGGAGACUUGGGCGAUGGCCUUCGCAGGAAACCUGGCGGCAUCUAUGAGCAAAAAACAGAUUUAAAUGUGGAGAGCACAAGAUCUCGACAAGGAUCAGAUGCCACUGACUGUGGCCCGGGUAGAGAUGCUAAAGAGGGUGAAGAAAACGAAAACAUACCAUGUUUCCGUUGGACCAAAUACAACAGUUUCCCUCAUUCAAUGCACAAACUGACCUCCGCUGAUGCAAUGUAUGCCCACAAGCGACGCAGCAGCGCUGCAUUGAAUGUUGAAAUGACAAAUGAAGAGCUGAAACAAAGGCUUCAGGAAGUCACUGAGGAUGCAGAGAUUUUACGAAGUGAGCUCGAAGUAACACAAAAGCAGCUUGAGGGGAAAUAUGAAGCAUUGAAAAUACUGCAGAGCAUGGCUGUGCUUGAUAAAGCCAUCCCUCACACAAAGACCCUCCUACAGAAAACAGAGGAACGUAACAAGAUUUUAGAAAAGGAAGUAAAUGUUUUGCAGUGGGAAAAAGAGUUCAAUCAGGAUAAACAUAAGAACUUCAAACAAACCUACAUGCAAAGAUAUGACCGACUGUGCAUUGAAAAUGCCGAACUUGCAGCAACUGUGGAAGCAAGAGAUGCAGAGAUUCGGGAUCUCAAAUCAGAAAAUGCUAUUUUGACUCAGAGCUCUUCAGAACUACUUGCAAUGCUCGAUGUGAAAGAUCAGCAGAUGAUCCGGGGACUAUUGUCAACAAGCAAGAAUGGCUUCACCGAAGUUACAACCCUUGAGCUUGGUGUGCUGGGGGCCUGCCAUUGUAAUAGUCCUGGAGGAGAGCCCUGUACCUGUGCCAGAAUGGCAGCUGCCACAAGGAAACAGCUUCUGCAGAUGAAGCAAGAGAUUGAUGUCCAGAGAAAACGAAAGGAGGAGGCCUAUGUGAUGUCUGAUGCCUUUAGAAUUGCCUUUGAGCAGCAGCUGAAGAGGACAAAUGAUCAAACUCUUCAAAUGACUAAGAUGACAGAGCUACAUAGGAAAGACCUCUUGAAGGGACUGACAUGGAACCGACUCAUGGAAAAGGAGCCUGUUCAUAAGAAGCCAGGAAUUCAUAGCUCUCUAGGGCAGAGGUUGAAGGGGCUGCUCAAUUCAUCAGCAGACAUUAAGAAAUUGGAAAUACUGGAUGAUCCACAAGAGAUUCUGAAGAUACUGGUAGACUUGUUAAAUGAUAAGGAAGAGGCCCUGGCACAUCAGCGGAAGGUUAGUUACAUGUUGGCCCGAAGAGUGGAGGAACAAGAACAGUAUGUUAAACAACUGAAAGAACAGGACGGUUGCAGGAAAGAGACUACUGCUGCUGACUGUGGCAAAGCUUGUCGGCGCCCAGAAAGGUUACACAAGUCCAGAAAUACCUGCUCCAGUUUAGUUGAUCAAAACCCACGCAGACGUGUGGCUAUUUCAAGGACACAUUCCUUGCCCCAGAUCAAUACCCAAACAGUCGAAGGUUCAACAGAGACUCUUCAGGAGGAAAGAGACAACAGGAAUCGUGGCAGAGAGUUCAUGGAACAAAAUGUUGACACUGAGACAAAACAGGAGGAUUAAAACUUUCAGGGUCUUUUGAUGAAUCUGUUAAUAGAGUAGCAGAAAAAAAUCACAUUAAGGGAAUCCCUAAAAACCUGAUUUCUCCUCAUUUCAGUUUAAGUUGCAUUAAUAUCCUGCAACGUACAAUGUUUAGAGUCAUGAGGCACGUUUAAUGCCUUUGGUGUUGGUGUAUAAUUUGCUUUCUUUCCUCACUGAAACAAGUUUAGACCUGGUCAUUUUCAUUUGACUUUCAAAAUUUAUGUGAGUGAUGCACCAAGUGCAAUUCUGUUGUUGUACAAAUGUUUAGUGGUAGAAUGUUGUUUAACACUUCAGUGCCAUUUGAUUUGAUUUGCAUAACAUUAUUUUGUCACUCCAACUGCAAGUUGGAAACUCUCUGCAGGGAAAAGGCACAAUGGAUAAAUGUAUUUAUUUGAAGAAAACUGUCUCUAUAACAGAGGCUCUAACCUCAUACAUCACCACCAACAACAAAUUACAUUUGUAAAGUGCCUUUCACGUCAGGAGGACGUCCCAGAAUAUACAGUAUACCAGAAUAUAUCAGGUAAACGAAUGCUGGGAAUUGAUUGUUAGACUUCUGGCAAGCAAAGGUUUGAGCCCUUGCUAGGUGAAUAGCAGAUACCAGAAACUCCUUGCAAGCCCUUGUGAGCAGCAUCAGAAAUCUGCAUCUCAGCUGCAGCUCAGAACCCUCAAGAACUGUUUGUAAACCUGUCUAAGUGCCACAAGCUUCACCUCAUUGUCACUUCCUUUUUACAGUAAAAUGAGAGGGAACUAAAUUGAAUCCUUAUACCAAAUGUAGGUUUAUCAAAGCAAUGCUUCUAGCGACUGGAAUGUCAAGUGAUGCUCUUGUCUGUAAAAUCUGAGUGAUAACACGACUCAAAUCUUACAAUGGGGUCAACAAUGCAACAUGUAAACACAUGUGGACAGAAGGAAUUAGAUACCUCUAAUUAUGUAAUUAAUUAAAAUUGAAUAAUGUA